GGAGAUUUGAAGUCAGUCCAACUACUAUAUAAUGGCUUUCAAGAGUUCUCACAAGCAUCUGGACUGAAGAUUAACAAAAACAAAAGUUCCUUAUUUUGUGGAGGGAUUACACAAGAAGACCAAGAGAAGAUACUAAGCUUCCUGGGAAUACAAAAGGGAGAAUUACCUGUGAGAUAUUUAGGAGUCCCAUUGAGCACCAGGAGAAUCAACUUACUGGGCACAAAUUUUUGUGCUGCUAAAGAAAAUCACAAAGUUAAUAGAGGCAAUCUGCAGAAGCUUCUUAUGGGCAGAGAAAAGAACAAAUUGUGGAUCCAAUGGAUUCACAGUUACUACAUCAAAGACAAGGAAGCAUGGGGUAUCCAGGUGAAGCAAGCAUCAUGGAUGGUUGGGAAGAUACUCAAAGCUCAGGAGACACUCGUGAAAGCUGGCUUCAAUCAUGAGAAAAUAAGGAGAACUAAGAAAUGCAACAUCAAAACUAUAUAUCACAGGCUGCGUGGAACAUUUGACAAGGUGAGAUGGAAGAAGAUAGCAUGCCAGAAUUUAGGUUGCCCACGCUGUACCUUCAUGCUAACAUUGACAGCUCAUGGUAAACUAUACACGAGGGAUAGGCUGCAGAAGUGGGGCAUGCAUGUAGAAGAAGAAUGUGUACUUUGUAGAACAGAGAAAGAGAGCAUCCAACACUUGUUCUUUGAGUGUGAAUACUCUAAAGCACUAUGA